AUGAAGAAAAAGAUGUGCUUGAGUUAUUUGGCUUUUUAAGAUUUAAGUAGACUAAAGAUUUGUAGAUUCUCUAAAAAUUUUAAGAAAUUGCAGAAUAUUAACCUUUUGAUCCUUAAAGGACACCUCCUUAUUCGAUAGAAAAUGAAACUUUAGUUUGGGAAGAAUUGUUAAGUAUUUCAAAUGACUUACUUAGUAAAUAUCCUACUACUAUAGAAGAGGAUAAAUAAAUAUUUGAAACAAAUAAAUUAACUAUAAAUUAAUAGAAUUGCUUGA